AUGUGUUAUCUUCGGCUCCUCGAGUACUCUUGCAUUAAUUGGCCUAUGCAUCACACGCUAUCGCUACAGUUCUAUAUCGCUGAUCGCUGUUGUCGGCGGGUGGCAUGCAAAGCCGCGGACAAUACGCCAACUGAGGUCAUCACAUCGGAACCAUCGGCCGGUUGCAAUGCUAGCCAGAAUGGGAAGGACCCGAGCAUCGCAGUGCAACCCAGCGCACCAGCGACGGCAUCGGUAACUCAGGAGCCAGCAGCCCCAGCACCUGUGGCCUGGAGUCUGUUGUCCAUCUUCGUGUCCACCAUUUUAGGUUUGGUGCUGGACCCCUUGCCGGUGGGCGCCUGGGCUUUCCUGGCAGUGACCGUGGCAGUGGCCACCAAGACGCUCACCUUUGCUCAGGCCCUAGCCGCCACCACUAAUGAAAUCAUCUGGCUCAUCGUGGUGUCGUUCUUUUUCGCCAAGGGUUUCGAGAAGACCGGCCUGGGGGAGCGCAUCGCCACGCUGUUCGUCCGCGCGCUGGGCCGCUCCACUCUGGGGCUGUCGUUCGGUCUCAACGUGGCUGAGGCGCUCAUGGCCCCCGCCAUGCCGUCCACGUCAGCUCGGGCGGGGGGCAUCUUCGUGCCCAUCAUCAAGAGCUUGGCGGCCAGUGUGGGCAGCGAGCCCGGUGACGACACCCGAAAGCGCAUGGGCAGCUACCUGAUGCAGAGCCAGUUCCAAACCGGCAUCCACUCCACCUCCUACUUCCUGACCGCAUCCGCUCAGAACCUGCUGUGCCUCAAACUGGCCGGGGAGCUGGGCGCGGUGGUCCCCAACCAAUUCGUCACGUGGGCCCUGGGAGCUGUCGUACCGGCAACCGUAGGCAUGAUCGCCACCCCGCUGCUGCUUUACAAGAUGAUGCCGCCCACUAUUAAAGACACGCCGGAGGCGCCUGCGGCGGCGGCGGAGCGGCUCAAGUUGGAUUUGUUUUUGUUUGACCUAGUGUGA